AGUGAUUUUCAGGUCGGAAAGCCGGAGCUGAAGAAAGAGGCCCGAGUUCCCAAAUUGAAAUUGCGAGUUGGAUGACCGUUCAAAUGUAUUUUUUUCAGUCGGAGCUCGUUUUUUUCCGAGGUCCCAGUUGUUUUAACGCACUGAAGUCGGAAGUAUGAGAUUUCCAAGUUCUCAGUUGUUUGAACGCGGCAUUAGUCAAUUGAAAAGUCUGAAGCUUUGACGUCACACCACAAUUUUCCCCAGUCGGAUUAAAGAUGGCGCCGCAUCAUGUUCUAAGGUGCUGUCAGCGGAGUUUAUCUUGGAUACCUGUUAUUUUCAUAAACCUUGUCGUUGGCUGGUCUUAUUAUGCAUACGUCGUUGAACUCUGUAUCUUAACAAUCCCAAAUAAUGCAGAAAAAAUAUCAUACCUAGUUGUCUUUCACCUGUUCUUCAUUAUGUUCAUCUGGUCCUACUGGAAGACUAUCUGCAGCAGGCCCGCCAACCCCUCUAAAGAGUUUUGUCUGCCCAAAGUGGAGAAAGAGCAGUAUGAGAAGGAGGAACAUCCAGACACUCAGCAGGAGAUCCUGAAGAAGGUGGUGGUAGGAUUGCCUGUCUAUACACGCACUGGGACAGGAGCCGUCCGGUACUGUGACCGCUGUCUGGUGAUCAAACCCGACCGCUGCCACCACUGCUCCACCUGUGACAUGUGUGUACUGAAGAUGGACCAUCACUGUCCAUGGGUGAAUAACUGUGUUGGAUUUUCAAACUACAAGUUCUUUGUCUUGUUUCUGGCCUACUCCAUGCUGUAUUGUGCAUUCAUCGCCGCUACCGUCCUGCAGUAUUUCAUCAAAUUCUGGACAAAUCAACUGCCUGACACUCACGCCAAAUUCCACGUGUUGUUUCUGUUUUUUGUGGCGGCCAUGUUCUUCAUCAGCAUCCUGUCGCUUUUCAGCUACCAUCUCUGGCUUGUGGGAAAGAACAGGACCACCAUAGAGGCUUUCAGGGCUCCUGUCUUCAGAAAUGGCCCAGACAAGAAUGGCUUCUCUCUGGGGUUCAGUAGGAACAUGGCUGAGGUCUUUGGAGACCAGAAGAAGUACUGGAUGUUUCCCAUCUACACCAGUCACGGUGAUGGUAACAGUUUUGUCACCCGGUUGGUGAACUUAGAUCCUGAGCAGAUAGCUGUGGGCCUCCAGAUCAACGGCAAAAGCUCUGUAGAUUGUCCUGCAAGCCCCAAGCAUGUCCUUGGCGACACCAUCAACCACAUUGAGGACCAUCAGGAUGGCAGCUUCGACAAAACUGAUGUAGCCGAGACGGUCACAGUCACCAUAGAGAGCGAGUCAUAGACAGGUAAGCCUAUGGAUGACUCCCGCUGAAGUGUGCGCGUUUCCUACAGAGCUUAGAGAGGAAACUGAUGACCACCCAUGAUCUUUGAUUACCGUGUUGGCUCAAAUCUGCCAAGAGACAACUGAGCCAUCAACUGUGAUGCCUUACAACCAGCAGAAUCUGUCUAAACAAAAAACACCCCUUAUCACCUGCAGCACCCCUACUACCAUGGACAAAUGUCAAGUAACAGCUCUUGUAUGGACAUAUUUUCUAUUGCCAUUCUUACAUCCGCCAAACAGCAUUCCUGGUAUGAUGGACACAACCUGGACUGUCAUGGACGCUACAUCUUACAUCAGCUGUCUAAGUCCUCACCAAGCACAUACACUCUGACACUUCAUCUUUGUUUUUAACCAAAGCUUUUUUUUUGUAACUAUGAUUAAUCUCUGGGACUACUCUGUUAUUCAAGCCAAAAAAAAGUAGACUCUUUGCACUAUCUUAGAUUAUUUCAGGAAAAGUGCAGGAAAAUAAUUGCUUUACACUUAUACACCUCAGUCGAAUUAGUAUUGACUUUCUUUAUUGGUAAAUGUUUACUGUUUCUUUCCCCAGAAACUCAGUCACUGGCUUUGAUUGGGUUAAGCCCAGGGAAUACAAUGUUCAGGGCCUCAAGACGCAACGUCUCAGUUGACUGUAGUGUGUGUACUGUAUGUACUUUACAUUUGAAACCUGUGGAGGGCGCAAAGCAUAUCCAUUGAUUUCAACAGGCCAUAUAGUCUUACAGUAGGUUUGCAUGAAAAAAGGCUUUGUAGGACCCUAUGCCAUAUCCUUUCCUGCUUAACAUCGUAAUUUAAAGCUAGAACACUUAGUUUUUGGGAUUAUAAAUUAAUGAUCUCAUUGAUUCUUGAAUAUAACUUAUAAAUGACUCGUGAGCUUAGUUCAACUGUCAUACAUACCCCUACAGAUUUAUUUUUUACUAUGUUUGUAAACAACAAAUGUAAAUGCACUAUAGCUUCAGAAAAUGGUUAAAACUAUCCUUUUUAUAUUUUUGACGAUAAUUCCUUGCAGCCAUAGCUCUGUCUAUGAAUUUGAGUGGUUACAUUUCUCCAGGCCCAUCCCUCAGCUUUUUACCAAAACUGAGGCGGGGUAACACUUUGUCAUUGUUUCAACUGCUGAUUCUAGCUUUUAAAUGUGCCUGCAGUUAAGUUGUUCAGAUUUAUUUUAUUUUUUUCUGUUGUAUGGAAGGAUAAAGGUUAAGUACAGUGCCAUAGUAAAUGGUUCACCUUAGCAUGGUGUAAUUACUUUAAAAUGUCUGUUUGCAAUUUUAAACAGUUGAUUUUUGCUAAUACACAUUUGAAGUGUCA